GGUUCUGAGGUCCCCAACGCAGGUCUCCGGCGGAGCGCUUUUAUGCUUCAGGAUGACAUGGCUCCCAACAAUCAAAGAUUGGCCAGCGUCGCUUUCUGUCACAGGAGGGAAGUCUCGCCUGAACAAUAAUAGAAUCUACUCGGUGGUUCGCCGGUGGCUAGACCUUUGCACUUCUUUCCUCGGAGCAGAAAGCUUUCUCUUUUGGGUGGGUUGCCCAAAGUGUGGGACGGGAGGGGUGCCGUGUGGCUUCCGGUUUCUGGGUGAAAUUGACACACAAUGAGGAGUCGGGAACAUCCUUGCCCGUCGCCGCUGUAAAUAAACAGAACAAUCGCCGAAGACAGGAUCAUGGAGAAUCAGGUAAUACGGCAUUCCAGCGGAUCGGUGCAUGCCCGACUGAAAAGCCAGACGCGGUCAUGGGGCCGCGACAGAACCGUGCCAAGUGCCCAGCCACUUUAUAAUAGCGGACAUGCUAGAAUAAUGCGAAAUUGCAGGAAGGGAAAAACGUCGCCUGUGCACCGUACAGGUGAAACUGGAGCUGGGUCACCGGGCGCAACUCCGUAAGAAGGUGACGACGGAGGGCUUCACCCACGACUGGAUGGUGUUUGUACGAGGCCCUGAGUCGGGGGACAUUCAGCACUUUGUGGAGAAGGUGGUCUUCCGGCUUCACGAGAGCUUCCCCAAGCCAAAGCGAGUGUGCAAGGAGCCGCCGUACAAAGUGGAAGAAUCAGGCUACGCGGGGUUUCUAAUGCCUAUUGAGGUUUACUUCAAGAACAAGGAAGAACCGAAGAAGGUGUGUUUCAACUACGACCUGUUCCUCAACCUGGAGGGCAACCCCCCCGUCAACCACCUGCGCUGCGAGAAGCUCACCUUCAACAACCCCACCCGCGAGUUCCGCCACAAGCUGGUCAAGGCCGGCGGUGUUAUCGUGGUGCCUGAGGGGGCAGAGGCCGUAUCCAGGCCCAGCCCUGACUACCCCAUGCUUCCCACUAUCCCGCUCUCUGCCUUUUCGGAUCCCAAGAAGACGAAACCGUCCCAUGGCUCAAAGGAGUCCAGUAAAGAUGCCAGUAGUGCGAGUAACAAGGCUGCGAAGCCUCACAAACCCGCGAAGGAGCACCGGGAGCACCCCAGGAAGGAGUUGGAGAGCAAGGGCCUGUCCAAGGGCGAGGGUGACCGCGAUGGAGGUGGCAGCAGCAAAUCCACUCGGGAGUCGUCCUCCUCCAAGAAGCCUGCGGAGAUUAAGGUGAAGGAGGAGACCAAGACACUGCCUAAGGCGGCCUUUAAGGAGCCCAAGCUCACGCUGAAGGAGCCCAAGAUAGAAGCCAUGUCCCCCAAAGGCGGGGGGUCGGGUGGGGGGGGUGGUGGUGGAGGAGGGGGGGGCCUGCCGGAGACCAAGGGGCCCAGCAAGCGCUCCUCCACGGUGGAUUCUCCAAAGCCCAGCGUCAAGAAGCCCAAGAAGGAGGGCCCCAAAGCGGCUCCUGCUGGGGGCUUCACCAGCUCCUCCCCCCGCGUCUCCUCCUCCUCCUCCACGGCGCCUCAUUCCUAUCCGGAGAAGAAGCCCCCCAAGGAGAAAGGCCGCUGGGCAAAGGUCAAGGUGGAAGCACCCGAGGUCAAGGAAUGCAAGAAGCCCCCGGAAUCGGAGGAGUCCAACUCGGAGGACGAGGCCUCCUCCAAGUCCGAGCAGUCGGCACCCUCCAGCCCGUCCAACACCAGUUCCAGUUCGGACUCCAGCUCUGAGUCUGACUUCGAGCCAUCGCAGAAGCAAGGCCAAGGUCCCCUGCGGUCCAUGGUGGAGGGCCUGCAGUCGGAGGAGUCCGACGAUGACGACAGCAGCUCGGAGGACGGCACUCCCGUCAAGACCAACCCACCGAACCGCGAUUCCCGCCUGAGUCUGGACAGCGAGAGUGACAGCAGCGAUGGCUCACACCGGCCCAGCCGGGACCCGCCGCCCCCCCUACAGAAGCACGUCUCCUCCAACAAUAAAGCGUCCGAAAGGAAGAGUCCAGAUCCCUGUAGCCGACCCGAGAAGGUGAUGAAGAAGGGGUACAACAAGGUACGAAGGGCCUACACAGAGGAACUAGUGGAUCUUCACCGCCGACUCAUGGCCCUGAGGGAGAGGAACGUCCUACAACAGAUCGUCAACCUCAUCGAGGAGACCGGCCACUUCAACGUCACCAACACCACCUUCGACUUCGACCUCUUCUCGCUGGAUGAGUCGACGGUCCGUAAGCUACAGAGUUACCUGGAAGCCACCGCGACGUGACAGUGGGCGGGGACAGUGGGCGGGGCCUUUCUCCUCCUCGGCCGCCACGUGACAGUGGGCGGGGCCUUUCUCCUCCUCGGCCGCCUCUCCCUGGAACACGAGGCGGGGCUUGGAGAAGGAGAAACGUGACAACAGAGUGGACCAUUGGAGACUAGUGGGGGGGGGGACUGGCCAUCGGCACGAAAAUGUGCAGGAGCUGGGGGGUUGGGGAAGAUUGGAUUGAGCUGGACUUUGAGCUGGACUAUGGGAAAGGAGCCAGAAAUGAUGGUUCUGAUGGAGUCUGUCUGUUGUACUGCACAGUGCGACCACUGGCCCCAUCCUCACGCACACGGGCGACACUCAUCCUUCAUACUCUCCCCCCCCAUGCACUUAUUUUCUGCUAAAGUGUAUGUGUGUGUGUGUGUGUGUGUGUGUGCGGUUGAAUGGGAGGGGUCCCAGCCUCUGGAAAGCCUGGCAGAAUCUGUUGUGGUGGGGGUUCCUCAUUGGGUGAGGCUGGUCACUUAGAUCAGGUUCCACGGUAGUUCUGAGUGAUCCCCCCCCCUCCAGUGCUCCUGUCCUUGUUGUAGCGCCUCUUGGAGCAGGGGUACUGAGGAGGGUCUUCUCUCAUAUCGCAUUUUGGUGGGGCAGGGGGACCUCGAGCUGAAGACGCCGGCCAGGCUGUGGAAUGGGGUACAUUUUUAAUUUUCCUGCUGAUACUGUAGAAGUUUUUCGAUUUAGCCGAUUUUUGACGUUGAUGAUAGUGACUCGGAAACCCGUUUGUUCUUUGUCUGUGUUAGUUUCACAGGGCUGUGACCCCCCCCCCCACCUCCACUGUCUUCUCAGUGCCUUUACAGAGUCUGUUUCAGAAUGGCUUGGUGGGGGUGGGGGGUUGAACACUAACGGCUAACUAGCAGAAAGAGCUAAAAAGCGCGUCGUCAAUGACACCUCUAAGUGCCCCUGUGUGCUGAGGGGCUGCUGGUGGUGGCCAGGCUGGGGUGGGGGGGCAGCUCUGGCCGGGGGCUGUCGGGUGGCUCGGGCUUCCAUGACACGCCGAAAUGUCAGCAUCUUAUCCAAGUGGUGUUGGAGGUUCGGGGGGGGCCAACAUCGAUCGGCUUGUUUAUAAACCUCUAGGCAUCGAUGGUAGAUGCUACAUCCUGUCCUGCCCCAUGCUGUCCUGUACACAGCCACGCGUUCGGACCGGGAGCUGCUGUGGAGCCUCUACCUGCCUCUGGUUCGCCCAUCUCCAGCUCCUGCUCUGUGAAAAGUUUCUCACCUUUCAUGGAGACUUGGCGGUUCUAUAGCUGGUCGGGCCUUAAUGACGGUGUCUGCAGCUCCCUGCAUACCUCCCCCCGCGGGCGGUUCCCCUCCGACUCAGAGCCCUCGCGACAGCGUAUGCCAUUCAUAGCUUUAUCGGAGCCGUCCUUUCUGCUGCCUGGCUGUGAGAGCGAGCGCCCCUCCCCCACCCUGCAGCGUGAGAGCCGAGUCCAUCACAAGCCCUUUCUAAUGACUAAAGCACAGAGUGUAACGUACCCGGUUAAGAAUUCCUGUAUCUUUUAUACGCCGUUUAGUCCGAAUCUGGAGCAGUAAUCAUCAAUUUGACGCAAACUUUUGUUUUCUGGGUAAUUUUUUUUUUUUUAUUAAGCCAAAACCUUAAAUCUUCUCCGUGUGAAGAUUAGUGCACGGUGGUAACUUUCGGGUCUCUCUUUGGUCCCCUCUUGAACUUUUAACCUUUUAACUCCAAGUCUUAGUUCAUGAACUCUGACCUUUUGACUCUGCACGUUCUCUGUGUAGUGAAGAUGGGGGGGCGGGGGGGGGGGGUGCUGAGAGGCUGUAAGGGGGAGGCCUGCCGGUCUGCUAUCAGUCAGUGUUUCAUUUUUAUACCUCUGCACUUCUGACGGUGGUGACAUCAGUACUUAUGUAAUUAUGUAAACUGUGUUUCUAAGGAUUUUAUACAUUUACUUACAAGAAGUAUUAAUUUCUUUUUGCCAACCCGUUUAGAAAAAAUGGGACAUUUUUCACAUUUUUCAAAAGGAAAUGCGGCUUCCAAGCGGGUGGGGGGGCUCAGUCUCGCGUCUCGUGGCGGGUUUCCCCUGCGGGGCUGGGUCAUGCUCCGCAGCCGUCAUCGUCGGACACUGCGGACGAGGCGUGCAGUGAAAUGUCGUGCCGCAACAAUAACUUACCAAGUGGACUUACUUUAGGCAGAUCAUUGGAAAACCUAGUUUUUUUUUUUUGUGGGUUUGUCUUGCCAUAUUUGAGUGUGUUUACUCAAGCUGUGUGGCAAAGUCGUUUUCCCGUACUCUGUGAGGUAUGGUAGCAUAUAUACUUAAUUUUAUUUUAUUUUUUUUGUACUUUUUUUUUUUUUUUUUUUUUUUUUUUUUAUUGGGAUCCAUAGCCAGGGUUUCUGAUCCCGAUUCACUACGGUAUGGGGAGUACCGGUCCUCACCGCGGCAGGAAAAGCUGCAUUCGGGUUUUACCUUCGCAGUUUCCUUUUUUAUUGUGUUAAGGUUGCUGUUGGACACGGAGGAUCGUUUCACUGGAUAUUUCAGAGGUCCUUCAGGAGGAGGUGGGUUGGCAAAGGAAGCUCACCACUCUGUGGCUGGCUGGCCUUCUGGGACCCCCCCCUCCCCACUCCGCCGCCGGGACAGAAACGCAAAUGCGGUGGUGGGGGGGGCGUCCUGUUUGAAAACCUUGCGUAUGUCACACAGGUUCAUUCAGACGCCUUUAUUUAAGAUGAAAGGUAACAUUUGUGUAUUUUUUUCCAAGUACUGUUCAUUUUGAUGUGGGUACACAGGGAGGUGUUUAUGAAUAUCGUGGAUGACCGAAUCGGUGGGGAGGGUGGGAGGCGACUGAUAAUGAAAUGUGACUGGUUUGAGCGACGCCCCCUUCCCCUCCCAAGGUUGGAAAGCAAAAUGUCGUUUUGUUUGGUAUAUUAACUCGGCAUACGAUGCCACCAUGUGGCCAUAUGAUGCAAGUUUUAAUAAGGAUGAUAAUUUUAUUUUUUAUUUUAAAAUCAUAUUAAUAAAGUCAUUGAGUACUGUA